UAUACUUCGCCAAUACCGUAUCCUCUCGCAGUCACCUCACGAUCCACCCGAGCCAAGUCCAGUAUCUCUCACUCCCCCCUCAACCCUCCCGCAAAAGCAAUACAACCAUCCCCGGCAAACCUCCCAAACAACACCCGCCAAAAUGGGAGGCGCCCUCUCCAUGUUCAGCCGCCUCCUCUGGGCCAAGAAAGAAAUCCGCAUCCUGAUCCUCGGCCUCGACAACGCCGGCAAAACCACCCUCCUCUACCGUCUCAAAAUCGGCGAAGUCGUAACCACAAUCCCCACCAUCGGCUUCAACGUCGAAUCCGUGACGUACCGCAACCUCGCCUUCAACGUCUGGGAUCUCGGCGGCCAGACUUCUAUCCGACCGUACUGGCGGUGCUAUUACGCCAACACGGCGGCGGUGGUGUUUGUGAUUGAUAGCACGGAUGUGGAGCGGUUACAUACUGCGCAGGAGGAGUUGAAGGCCAUGCUGGACGAGGAUGAGUUGAGGGAUGCGGCGUUGUUGGUUUUCGCGAAUAAACAGGAUCAGCCCGGGGCGAAAGGGGCGGGGGAUAUCAGUGAGGCGUUGAAGUUGGGGGAGUUGAAGGAUCGGAAUUGGAGUAUUAUGGCGUGUAGUGCUGUGACGGGGAAGGGUGUCACGGAGGGGAUGGAUUGGCUUGUGCAUGCGCUGCUCAUACGAAAGACCCGCCGGCAUGUUUAG